GCGCCAGGGCACAUUUACCAACACUGCAUUAAUAACCUCAAAGGCGACAAACUGCAUCGCUCCGUUGUUAAUUAUUAUUAAUAAAAAUACCCACGACGACGGCACAGGACAGUUAUUGAGCGAGGCCUUUGUUGCAUUGCGAAAGGGUCGCGGGCGCACAUGGAACACCAUGCCAGCUAAGCGAAUGACCGUCACGACAGCAACAACAACGAAGGCGCCGCCAGCGCCAGUCGCUGGCGUCAGCAGCCAAAACAGCACCAGUGAAGGAGGCGCGACGGCACGUCCCCUAGAGAUGCUGAACGGCAUGACCCGCCUGACGCCGGCAAGAGACCUCACCCUGGGCGGACGUGGGGCGUCCAACAAAAAGGUCUUUGCCCCCAACUUGAACGCGGUGCGGAAUAAGAACGUAAAUGUGAAAACAUCCAAGGACUUCACGCAGGUGCGCGGCGGCAAGCGCGGUGGCCGCGGCACUGCUUCGGGAGCAACACGUGGUCGCGGCGGCAAUUCCACCCUUAUCCAGACCACGGGCCUGUUCUCGGAGGGCGCUGGAGUCGCUCAGCUGCGAAGGUCCGCCGGCAAUGGCACAGCAUAUGCGCGGGCCAGCGAGGAGCAGGCGGUGGCCCGGAAACGUACCGAUCGCAAAGACGACAAGGCCCAGGCGUCGCGGGUGAGGGCUCUGCUGGGAGAGUCCGAUGCCAGCGAUGGCGACGCUUCCGAACCCAGUGAUACCGAGGCUGAUAAGACUGAGUUGGCCCUCAAGCCGAUCCUGCUGAGGGAAGGCCUGUGGCUCACCCAGAAACCCAUUGUGAAGAAAGAUGAUGCCAAUCUAGGCUCAAAGGAGCAAGAUCCGCUCACCAUGGCCCAACAAUUGCAGCACCUCCAUGUGACCGCCCAGACGGCGGUGAUGGAAGAGCCACCGCUCCAGUAUGGCCGCUAUCCGCGGACCAUCGGCGGAUUUCUCGAUGCAACCCAGUCGCAAAUAUUCCUGUUGCAGCUGCCCAAUGUCCUGCCCUGCGUGAGCGAUGAGGCGGAGGAUGGCGGUAGUGAAGCCCCCAAAAAGGAGGAAGCCCCAGCCGCCUCCGAGACCGAGCCCAACAGUCCCGCCGCUCCAGCCUCCAUAGCUGCGCCCAGGCUAAGCGUGCUCCGGCAGCUGGAGGAGGGGCAAAUCGGCAAGAUCCUCAGGUAUCGGUCGGGACGGGUCAAGCUGCUGCUGGGCGACACUCACUUCGAUCUGGACAUGGGCCUCGACCCGGGCUUCCUGCAGGAGCUCAUGUCUGUGACCGCCAAUCGCGAGGCUAGAAGUGGCGACAUGUACAACCUGGGCCCCAUUCAGGCCAAGAUCAAGGCCACCCCCGACUGGGUGCACCUCUUCGAGCAGCAGGAGUCGUCCAAGCGCAACACCAGCACAGCCCCGAGCACAUCCUUGAAGCCGCCGACUGCGUAGCGUAGCAUUGCCAGGGCGGAUGCCGUCCUCCCUUUGUUAAUCUACAUGCUAUGAUCGCUCUUCUGUUCCUCGCUUCCCCCUCCGCUAUCUUCCUGUUCGUUUUUUUUUUUUUUCAUAGAAUAUUAUGUCAUAAUGUACAUAGGCCGUGCCUAAGUCUUAGGUUAAACUAAACCCCUUAGUCGUGCAUAAAAGGUAACUAAAUUGAGA